CUCAGCCCAGAUCCUGUGCAGUUGCAAAACAAGGCAAGUUUCUCCAGAGAUCUGAGAAAAUGAAGCUCAUCAUCCUAGAUGAUUAUGACCAGGCCAGCGAGUGGGCAGCAAAGUACAUAAGAAAUCGCAUUAUACAUUUUAACCCAAGUUCUGAUAAAUACUUUACAUUGGGUCUACCAACAGGAAGCACACCAUUGGGAUGUUAUAAAAAACUGAUCGAGUACCAUAAGAAUGGAGACCUCUCUUUCAAAUACGUGAAAACAUUCAAUAUGGAUGAGUAUGUGGGUCUUCCCAGAGAUCACCCAGAGAGCUAUCAUUCAUUCAUGUGGAACAACUUCUUCAAGCACAUUGACAUCUACCCGGAGAAUGCACACAUCUUGGAUGGAAAUGCUCCUGACCUCCAGGUUGAGUGCGAACUGUUUGAAAACAAAAUUCGAGAGGCUGGGGGGAUUGAACUGUUUGUUGGAGGUAUCGGCCCUGAUGGUCACAUAGCCUUUAAUGAGCCAGGGUCGAGUUUAGUAUCUAGAACCAGAGUGAAGACAUUAGCCAUGGACACUAUAUUGGCCAAUGCACGCUUCUUUGAUGGGGACCUCUCCAAAGUACCAACCAUGGCCCUGACAGUUGGUGUUGGAACAGUUAUGGACUCAAAAGAGGUUAUGAUUCUCAUUACUGGGGCCCAUAAGGCAUUUGCCCUGUACAAAGCCAUUGAGGAGGGUGUAAACCACAUGUGGACUGUGUCUGCCUUCCAACAACACCCAAGUACUGUAUUUGUCUGUGAUGAGGAUGCAACAUUAGAGCUCAGAGUGAAAACUGUGAAAUACUUUAAAGGCCUGAUGCACGUUCAUAACAAACUGAUUGAUCCCCUGUACAGCAUGAAGGAAAAAGGGGCUGAAGCAGAAAAGACUCCUAAGAAGCCAUACAGUGACUAAACUAUAUGAAAAAUAAUAGUGUCUCUUGUGCCAAAAUGUGAUCCAUUUCUGAAGUAGCAGAAUGGCCAUACACUGUAUUUAGAUAUGCUAUGCCAAUCGUAGGGAGUACCUUACCUCUAGAAUAAGUGAUGUUUUAGGCUCCUACUGCUGGACAGGAUAACCAUGUAAAGUAAACACAAUACUCUUGGUGGACAUCUAUAUUACAUUUCAAUUUCACAGAUUCAUUAAAAAAAAAAGUUUUAUACAGAAAAAUGUUAGUAAACUGCAUAUUUGAGGUCACCCAUAGUUACAAAAACAAAAUGUGGCUCAAAAACCUACCAAUACCGACUAUGGCUCAUCUACUUUAAGGGACACUCUAGCCAUCGCGUACACUUUACUGCCUGUGAUACACAUAUAU